ACAGCUCUGAAUUGCCAAAGUUGGGUGAGAUCUUUCCGAGUUUAUGUUAUUUUCUCUUUAAUCUCUCUUCUUCUCUCUCAAACUUUCUCCAUUCAAAUGUGAUUUAGGUGUAUUAAUGUUGCCUAAUUUAGUUUUAUUUUUGGAAUGAAUUAAUAGGCCACCAAGUGUUUGUUAUAAUGAUUGAAGAUUGUUGGAGAAUGUAAGAGAAUCAAUUCAAGAUUGAAGAUGUUAUGAGAUUGAAAUCGGUGAUGGUGAUUAUGGAGAGAAGAUUUGAGAUAUGGAGGAGGAUUUGGGAAUCGCAAACUCUGUCCUCUGAUUCUGUUAUUUUGUUCCGGUUAUAAUGAUUUCCUCUCAUUUUCUGUUAUGGAAAUUGAGAUCCUCGCCGUCAUCUUCUUCCAAUUCUCCCCACCUUAUCUUUGCCGCUUCGUUUGGAUAAACAAUGUGUUCGGUUGUUCUUCAACUACUGGGAAUUAGAAUUCAAGUUGUUUCUUUGUGACUGCAAAAGCAAAAAAGAAACAGUGGAAUGCAGGAUUUUGGUGACAAAUAUAUGGGUAACAUACAUUCAACAUUCAGGAUUUCGCGGAUCUUUAUGAUCCAAACAAUGAGACUGCUGAAGCAUUUGUACCAGCUCAGAUAUUGUAUGAUGCAUUCCAUGGAAGGUAUCACAAUUUUGCAGGAGCAAUAGUUCUACUAUUGCUCAGAGGGAUUGUUUAUAAGUAUCCUUACUUCCUAUCAGAUAAAGUUUUGAGAGAUGAUAACAAUGGUGAUGCUUUGCAACAUAUGGAUGGCGAUGAUAAAAAUUAUGAUGAAAGAGAGAGCCAUUUGUCUGAUAUGAAUUCAACCACACAUGCUGGGCAAAGUUCAAACUUCAAAACUAUUAAAUCAGCUCUGGUACAAGGAGUUGGGGCCCCCAAUAAAGUUAGAUUUCAAUUGCCAGGUGAAGCAGAGCUUUUGGAAGAAGUAGACAGCUUAUUAGAGGGACUCGGGCCUCGAUUUACUGAUUGGUGGGGGUUUGACCCUGUGCCUGUUGAUGCUGAUCUUUUACCUGCUGUUAUUCCUGGAUUUAGGCACCCUUUUCGCCUACUUCCAUAUGGUUUGAAGUCUAAUCUAACAGAUGAUGAAUUGACUUCAUUGAAAAGACUUGGAAGACCUUUACCAUGCCAUUUUGCAUUAGAUUUGAGAAUAUAACCUUUAGGAGAAGAAAAUAUGAAGCCAAGGCGCGUGGAACGGUGCCAGUACACAUUAUUAUUUUUGAGGCUGCUGAUCGUGAUGAUAUAGGUUCAUCUACGAUGGAUGACUUCACGUUAUGGUGUAUGCGGUUGUGUCCAUAUUCGCCGGAAGGGUGAUACUCGCGGUGAUUGGUUUUGCUUUCUGAUGACCCUUCACAGUGGUCAGGGUUGAUUAAAUGUUUUUGUGUUGUUGAAUCGAUCUGUGCGAGUAGAGAGUUUUUAGGGAGUCGAGUUCGACUGAGAUAUCUGUGGAGUGAGAGAAGACUGAGGUUUGAGAGAUAUCAGGGAUUGGAGGUGGACUCAUAAGUUGAGGGAAUCGUGGGAUUGAGGUGGCUCAAAGUUCCUAUUUUCCAAGCUUUUCAAAUGUGAAUCAUGGACCUGUGAUUCAAAUCUUACUGAUGUAAGUUUUUAUGUUUUCAAUUGGUUCUCGAUGUUUUCUCCACCUACACUGAAAGUAUUACUUUGCAUCUUUUUGUUUAUGUGCUUCUCUUUCUUGGAACUUCAGGUUUUUAGGGAAUCCACCUACACUGCACAAAUUGUUUGACAGUUUUACUGGGUUUCUCAAAUUCCUUUUGUUUAUGGGUUUCUCAAAUUCCUUUUGUUUAUGGGUUUCUCAUCUGUAUCUAAAUUCAAUAUGGCUUUGUUAUAUUUUAAUAUCUACAGGGGAAUCUUUCACAUAUUGGAUUGGGUUUACAUUGUAAAUGCUCACAUAAUCUCUGGUAUUAGAAUCGUGGGUGGACUAAAAUUUAAGGUCUGUAUCGAUAGGACAGCAAUACAACACUCCUCAUUCUGUAAGUUUUUUUUCAUGUUACCAUUCAUCAUUUUCAAGUUGCCAUUCACUUCAGCCGCAUCUUACAGGACAUACGUACGACAUCGCGAUGCAACCUGCAGAUCCGAUUCACAUAUCUUUCAACAGCGGUUCAGGCGCAUUAGAACAGAGCCAACAGUUUUCGUCGUUCAUCACAUACAACCUGCAAACGAACAACCAACAACAGCAUCAUCAUUCAAAGCAGAACAACAACCUUCAUCAUCACUAUCGGGCUUCUUAAUUAUUGCCUUGCUGAACUGGGAGGGAAAGUGGUGUAUGGUGGCAUUGUUAACAUCAGACGCAAUCCCGAAACUGGAGUCAAUGAAUUUAGGACUGACGCACCCUCCUACUACAUGCCCCAUUCCAUCUACUUUACUACAGCUUAUUGAGAGCAUGGUAACAUUGACAGAUUGCACAGCCUGGAAGUUGUAUCAAGUUAUUGUUGAAUAUCUUCAAAAAAUUGAUCAAAAGUUGGAUGGUGCAAAGAGGGAUUGGCUUGCUAUUUAUGAUGAAUGUGCCUCUGUCUUAUAUCAGGUUGAAGCAAGAAAAUCUGUCCCUAGAGAUGAUCAGAACGUGUUUAGCAUAAGCAACAACAACACUCAUGGGUCGACGGGUCCUACUCCUAUCCGCACAAAGAAUCUAAUUGAAUAAAGGAAAGUCGUUGCUUCUGCAGCUACUCCUACAACAUUAGAGGAGGCCAAUGCUACUGAAUGCAUAUUAAGAAAUUUAAGGUAAUGACUGCCCUUUGAUCGGAUCUUCUAUAAUAAAAGUAUGAAUAUGUCCAAAGAAUAUGAAUAUGUCACAAGAUGAGUAAGAAUAUGUCCAA